AACAUUCGUGAGUUAUGUGAAUACACCUCAUUCUGAAGAAGUGGAUGGCAUUACUUCAUAUUAUUGUUUUAGCUUUGUCAGCUGUUGUCACACGUCACUUAACGCUUCCAAUGAUGUGAUGAUGUAGUUACCGUGUUGCGUUAGCUGCUUUUAAAAUGAAAUUCGCCGAUAUUUUACGUCGCUUAGACGCAUAUCCCCGCACAUUGGAUGAUUUUAGCGUCCGAACAGUUGGCGGUGCCGCUGUAACCAUCGUCAGCACUACAAUCAUUGGGUUCCUCAUAUUUUUGGAAUUCAGCACAUAUAUGCGACCUACGCUAAACGAAGAACUUUUUGUGGAUACCACUCGUGGACACAAGCUGCGUAUCAAUUUGGAUGUGACUCUGCACAACUUGGGUUGCAAUUAUAUUUCCCUAGAUGCCAUGGAUUCGUCUGGGGAUACGCAUUUACGUGUUGAUCACGAUAUAUUCAAGCACCGCUUGGAUCUACAGGGCAAGCCGUUGAGUGAGAUGGAGCCGAUUAAGGAAAUAGUAGCAGUGUCCCCGGCCAAUAAGAACAGCAGCUGCGGUAGUUGCUAUGGCGCUGAGUAUAAUGCCACCCACUGUUGCAAUACGUGCGAAGAUGUUUUGGAAGCCUAUCGACUACGCAAAUGGAACGUUCAGGUGGAUAAAAUUGAACAAUGCAAAGGGAAAUACCAACGCAAUGAUGACGAUGCUUUCAAAGAAGGGUGUCGCAUACAAGGCCACCUAGAAGUGAACCGCAUGGCCGGUAGCUUCCAUUUUGCACCUGGGAAAAGUUUUUCAAUCCGUCAAUUUCACAUACAUGACUUUCAAUUCACUAAUGUGAAGCUGUCCCACACCAUUAACCACCUGUCUUUUGGCGAGAAAAUAAAGUUCGCUAAGACACAUCCAUUGGAUGGUCUGCGGGUCGAAGUACCAGAGUCAAAGGGCGAAAUGUUUAAUUACUACCUAAAAAUUGUACCUACUCUAUACGUUCGAGAGAGCGACGGCGCACCCAUUUACACCAAUCAGUUCUCUGUGACGCGCUACCGAAAAGAUUUGACCGAUAAGGAACGCGGUAUGCCAGGCAUAUUCUUCAGUUACGAAUUGUCACCGCUUAUGGUUAAAUACGCAGAAAAACAUAUCACCUUUGGGCACUUCGCUACCAAUUGCUGUUCCAUAAUUGGUGGUGUUUUCACAGUAGCCGGUAUCUUGGCCGUAAUACUAAAUAAUUCGUGGGAGGUCAUACAAAGCAAGCUGGAAUUGGGCAAACUUAGUUAAUAAGCCCCGGAUAUACUAUAUACCAUCAAAUCUCAAUAAUUUACAGUGUAUUAUGUAAGGCAUUCUAAAUUUUACAAAGGAAAAGUUUUAAAUAAAAUGUUACAUUUGAGACAUUAA